AUGAACACCAGUGCUUGCGUGAUGGCGGAGAUGGAGAACGAAGAGGAAAGAAACGGCCGUGGUGGGGAUAGCUGUGGGGACGGCGUUGAACACCACACAAGAGCGCCGCAACAGACACAGCCAGUUCGUAAGGCGCCGCCAGGGGGGGCCGGGGGAGGGGCGGGUGCAACAGCGGUGGCGGGGGCAGUCGUUGGGCUUACUGCGGAAGCUUUGGCGAGGCCGGCGGUUGUCCUUGACCGAUCGGGGAGGGUGAUACUGGUUGAAAAGCACUUGCUGGCCUUUGACGAGGUUUGGCCGGCCGAUCUCCCCGCUCUCCGGCCGCUUCAGCUCAACCUCCGGAGGUCUUGUGGUGCAGGUAGGGCAAACGGGGACGUUGGCCACAGCGACAACAACGCCAGAAAGGGCGAAGGCCAAAGUGGCGGGGGGCGGUUUGGAGGACCGGUGUUUCUGAUGCCCAUGCACCGAAAGGGAAAAGGCGUCCAAGGAAGAGAGGAUGAGCUCUUCGCUGAGCCGCCACGGCUGCGGAGGGAUGAGGAAGAGACGACCAUGAACCGAAACAGGUAG